AUGGGUGAUGAUGAGUUGGUUGAUCCCAUGAAUGGGCAACGAUUAGAUAAUAUUGUUGCAGCCAAUCAAAAUCAGCAAGCACGGGGUAAAGGGUUUGCUUUGGAUGAUGAAGAAGAGGUUGGUGCUACUGAGAUAGGCUUGGAAGAGGAGGUGAAGGAGAGAUUUUGGGAAGAUUUAGAUGAGGUGGUGAGAAGCGUGCCUAACGUGGAGAAGAUCGUCAUAGCAGGGGACUUUAAUGGGCACAUUGGGGUCCUACCUGAAGGCUAUGAUGAUGUGCAUGGUGAUUUUGGCUUCGAUGUUAGAAAUGGCGAGGGAACAGACCUAUUGAAUUUUGCAAGGGCCUUUGAGCUGGUGGUUGUGAACUCGAGUUUCCCGAAGGAGGAUCACCUGAUUAUCUUCCGAAGGGAGCUAGAGCAUUUGGAGGAGAGCCAUGAUUUUAGCUACUGCAGGCGUUUUAAGGUAGAGGAGGUCAAAGAGGCUAUUUGUAAAAUGCGGAAGGGUCGGGCAAUGGGGCUGGACGAGAUUUCGGUGGAUUUUUAG